AUGCUGACAGGCAGCUGGGUUGCAAAUUCUGGGAUUGAAGGUGAUUCAUACUUCUUGGCCUGCCUGAAGCUAUCUGAGAUAUUGGGAUGCACUGGGUUCCCGAGUUGGUCUCAUGAGCUCUGUAGUCCCGUUGAUAGUGAUGUGCAAUUGCUUCAUCUUGCCAAGCUGCAGUUUCUCCCUACUCCUCAGCAGCCGCCGGUUCAGGGUGGGAACGGUUCUGUGGCGGGAGGAAUUGGUGCCACCAUUCAAGAAGGCAUGGCUUUUGGCGCAGGCUCGGCAGUGGCUCAUAGGGUCACAGAUGCUAUGCUGGGUCCUCAGGUUGUACGGCACGAGACCGUUGAUUCAACACCUGCUGCUGCUGCUGCUGCACCAGCCCAAAACAAGAGCCUUGGAGCUUCUGAUGCUUGUGGUGGUCAAAACAAGGCCCUGCAAUAUUGCCUGAACAGCUGCGGGACUGACAUAAGCAGGCGCCAGUUCUACAUGGACAUGCUGCAGCAAUGCCGCCGAGGCUCUGCUGCUGCCCUCAGUGCGUGAACGAGUCCAAUGUCGGUGCUGCUUCACAUCCCAUGAGUUCUAUUUUGCAUAAUAACAUUCUAGUACUUGUCGAACAAUUUUUUCCGUUUUGUUUAGAAGUUCGUCCUGGAUCAGCUAUUUGUAAAUCUCGUUCCCAGUUUCAGGAAUCGGAAAAUCAUCACAACCUUGAUGUUUUCCCCCAAAAAUAAUGAUUAAUGAAGAAUUCAUCUUUAUCA